CCAACCACUGGAAUUUAUUACUUAAAUGUGACAGCGAAUCGAUCUGUUAAAAAAAAAAAACAGUUCGUGCUGGUUAAACAUCUGUAAAUUGUAAAUUUUCUCAUCCCUGGUUAGUUCUCACCGUUCAUUAAAGAAGAAGACGGCUUAUUAAUUGAUCAAGUUGCCACAAAUCCAUGUGUUUCCCUCUAGAGUUAAGCGCCCAACCAGAGAGAGAGGGACAGAGUUAGGACACGCAUGCUUCGAGGAGCCCCACUCUUACUCUUCCUGGUCUUUCCAUGGACCGCGGUUGUCCUCUUUCUCCAUCCCAACGACGGCUUCUUUAGUCUUAGUCUUCAAGCGGGGCAGGUGGAGUGAAACAGCCAUUGAGAUUUACCCUCUCAUCCUCAGCAGCCCCACUUCCGGCGUUCUCUCUCUUUCUCCCCCUCAACAGUUUCCCUUCUCUUCUUUCCCGGAGUACCCAUCAAUCCUUUUGUCUUCCUUUCUCGUUUUUGGGAGGUUUGACCGCUUGAUUUCUUUCUACGCUUCGUGAUCUCUCUCUAUCCUUGUCCUGCUCUUUUGUUGCGUCUCAGAUGAUACCCACAAUUUCUUUCGGGGAGAAAAUCGAUCGACAGCUGCGAAAAUGACGUGCUUUGGGUUUUUGAAGGACAUUCCUGAAACGUUGAAGUCGAACCUCUCGAAUUUGAAGUGGGGGGUGAAGCAUUGGACGGGAUUGUCCGGGAGUUCGAAGAAUUCAAAGAGGGACACAAAGGGUUCGGGCGAUGAAGGGCGGAAGACUGGUGGAUCGGACAAGACCGGGGGAUCCGGCAAGUCUGGGGGCUCGGAAUCCGGUGGCCUGCAGAAGAGUGUUUUGGAGCUUUACGAGGAGAGAGCGCAAAAUCUGCGGGUGUUCACUGUGGGGGAGCUGAAAUCGGCGACGAACAAUUUCUCGCCGGAGCUUAAGAUCGGAGAGGGCGGGUUCGGGUCCGUGUAUAGGGGAUAUAUCAAGCCUGUCGAUGGCUCAGCGGAAAGAAAACUUGUUGCCGUGAAGAAACUAAACAGGAACGGUUUGCAGGGUCACAAGGAAUGGGUGGCAGAAGUUCAACUUCUUGGUAUAGCUGAUCACCCAAAUGUGGUCAAACUCAUAGGUUAUUGUGCUGUUGACGGAGAGAGGGGGAUCCAACGAUUGUUGGUUUAUGAAUUUAUGCCAAACAGAAGCCUUGAAGACCACUUGUUUAAUAGGCUUUUGCCUGUUCUUUCAUGGGAGAGGAGACUACAGAUUGCACUUGGUACAGCUCAAGGAUUGGCGUAUCUCCAUGAAGAGUUGGAAGUCCAGGUUAUAUUUAGAGAUUUCAAAGCAUCAAAUGUGCUAUUAGAUUUGGACUUCAGGCCAAGGCUGUCUGACUUUGGUCUUGCUAGAGAGGGGCCAUCGGCAGGCCGUACUCAUGUAACCACGGCUAUUGUGGGAACAUUUGGUUAUGCUGCACCUGAAUACAUCAGGACCGGUCAUCUUACAGCCAAGAGUGAUGUCUGGAGUUUCGGGGUUGUGCUAUAUGAGCUCCUGACAGGGAGAAGAUCAAUGGAAAGAAACCGCCCAAAGAAUGAGCGGAAGCUUCUGGAGUGGAUCAAGAACUAUCCAGUUAGUAGUAGAAAGUUUCAGAUGAUUAUUGAUCCGAGGCUUGGAGAUCAUUAUUCUCUUCCAGCUGCACAGGCAGUGGCUAAGUUAGCAGAUAGUUGUCUGUUAAAGUUAUCAACAAAACGUCCAGACAUGAGCAAGGUUGUUGAAACUUUAAAGCAGAUUAUUGAACUUUCGAAGGGUGAGGACUCUCAAGAAACUGUUCAGGCUGCUAAAUCUGAAUCUGUUGGGACUGAGGGGAGACUGGAUAAAGUUGAUGUUUCCAACUGUGAGGAUGGUCUGCCUGAUAAUUCAAGAAGGAAAGUUACACCUAUGACCGGAUCUGGGAAGGAAAAUGGUCGUGUUUUUGGUAGACGGAGGUUUAUAAUGAUGUCACAACAGAAUCAACAGCUGCAGCAGCACCACCAGCAUCUGCACCAGCACCAACAGCAGCAGCAGCAGGAAGCAAGUCACAAGCAGCAUGAGCAGGAGCAUCCAGUGCAGCAUAAGCAAAGGCAGCAAGAGCCUCAAGGGCAGCAAAAACCAAGGCAACAAGAACAUGAGCAGCAGCAGCAACAAGAGCACCAUGAGCAACUUGAGCCAAAGGAUCAAGAGCAGCAAGAGAAUCAUGAACAACUGCAGCAACAAGCACAUCAUGAGCAAAAUGAGCCAAAACAUCAAGAGCAGCAACUGCUGUAUGGUCACCAGAAACAUGAGCUGCAGCCGCAUCAAGAGCAUCACACUCAGCAAGAGCAGCAACAGCACCAAUAUCAGCAGGAAUGGAUGCAGGAAUAAUUGCAUUUGUUGGUGUUGAUUCUUUAAUUGUUCUCCUUAUAUAAUUAUUCUGACUGCUGCAUAGAGGAAGAUGAUACAUUAUCUCUUGGAUAUGAAGAUGACACUCUGCAGAUCCCUAAGUUCCCUUUGCAUAUUUGUGAACUACACAGUUGUCUGAGAAUGUAAAAAUAGAUUGUAUUUGAGAAUUCAAGUUUCAAGUGGUGAGCUUUAAUUUCUCUAAUCUUUUGUACAUUAUCCAUAGCUUUGUAAAAAUAGAAUAUUUCCAUUUAUGUUUAUAUUCCUUCUUGAGAAUCAGGCUUGAAUUGUGGAGAAGUGUAUAAAUCUAUUAUUUUGGGGAAA